UUCAUAUAUAAAAACGGUAUAUCACGGUUAUUAAAACAUUAUCAAAACAUCAUCUAGUGUGAUCAUCUAGUCUUAGUUAAACGUUCAACUAAUCAAUUAAUCAAUCAAAAUGUGUGACGAUGAUGUAGCUGCACUCGUUGUUGACAAUGGAUCUGGUAUGUGCAAAGCUGGUUUCGCUGGUGAUGAUGCACCACGUGCCGUAUUUCCAAGUAUUGUUGGACGACCACGAUACCAGGGUAUUAUGGUUGGAAUGGGCCAAAAAGAUUCAUAUGUAGGUGACGAAGCCCAAAGUAAACGUGGUAUUUUAACUGUAAAAUAUCCAAUUGAACAUGGUAUUGUAACAAACUGGGAUGAUAUGGAAAAAAUUUGGCAUCAUACAUUCUACAACGAACUCCGUGUUGCACCCGAAGAACAUCCCGUACUCUUAACCGAGGCACCAUUGAAUCCAAAAGCAAAUAGAGAAAAAAUGACACAAAUUAUGUUCGAAACAUUCAAUACACCCGCUAUGUAUGUUGCAAUUCAAGCGGUUCUUUCCUUGUACGCUAGUGGUCGUACCACUGGUAUUGUACUUGAUUCUGGUGAUGGAGUCUCUCAUACCGUGCCUAUUUACGAAGGUUAUGCAUUACCACAUGCAAUUUUACGUUUAGAUUUAGCCGGACGAGACUUAACUGACUAUUUAAUGAAAAUUUUAACUGAACGUGGUUACUCCUUUACAACAACAGCUGAACGAGAAAUUGUUCGAGACGUUAAAGAGAAAUUAUGUUACGUUGCCUUAGAUUUCGAACAAGAAAUGGCUACUGCAGCCAGUUCUAGUUCAUUAGAGAAAUCAUACGAGUUACCUGAUGGUCAAGUAAUUACAAUUGGUAAUGAACGAUUCCGUUGUCCCGAAGCAAUGUUCCAACCAUCAUUCUUGGGUAUGGAAUCGUGUGGUAUCCAUGAAACAACCUACAAUUCAAUCAUGAAAUGUGAUGUAGAUAUUCGUAAAGAUUUGUAUGCAAAUACUGUAUUAUCCGGUGGUACUACAAUGUAUCCAGGUAUUGCUGAUCGUAUGCAAAAGGAAAUUGCAUCAUUAGCACCAUCUACAAUGAAAAUUAAAAUAAUUGCACCACCUGAACGUAAAUAUUCAGUAUGGAUUGGAGGUAGUAUUUUGGCUAGUUUAUCAACAUUCCAACAAAUGUGGAUAUCGAAACAAGAGUAUGAUGAAUCCGGUCCAUCAAUUGUCCAUCGUAAAUGCUUUUAAAUAUUUAUUACUUAUGUAUUUUUUGUUGA